UCAAAAAAUGCAAUAUUUUUUAAAGCUAUCUUUUAUAAUAGUUAUCUAUGGCGCGAUCGUAACAUUGUGCCAAUCUAGCUGUAUUCAAAGAAAUAAGAUUCGAAGCCUCAGACAAAUCGAAAGUCAUCAUGAAAAUACAACCACAAAUAUUUCAGAUUGUAGGGAAUACGAAAGUAGGUUACCGAACCAAGCUUUCUUGAAUAAUUUAUAUAAAAGUGAAACUUUAAAAGACACGAUUGAGGCAAAAGAGCUUGAAAUCUCUAAACUGAAUGCAACAAUCAGUAAAUUAGAGUUUGAACGCCUGCAAUCUAUAAACGGAUGCAAAGAAUGCAACGAACUAGUAGUUCAGAUUCAAAUGCAAAAGGAAAAAAUAGGACAGUUACAAUUAGAAGUGGAAAUGUUAAAAUUUGAGCUGCUGAAUUGGAAAACAAAGCUUUCUUUUAAUGUUAAUAAAGAAGACACAUUUUUUGUACCAAACGACAAGCGCGUGGUCGGAGCACAUUGGACCACCAUUCAGCAUAGGAUUGAUGGCACUGUUGAUUUUAGACAAGACUGGAAAAGCUAUCGAGAUGGAUUCGGAAUUUUAGAUGCUGAUUUUUUCCUAGGUCUUGAGAACAUCCACCAAUGGACCAUAUCGCAGCCACAUGAACUGCUAAUUUUACUAAAGGACUGGAAUAACAUACAAAGACACGCCCACUACGAUCACUUUUCAAUUGGCAGCGAAUUGCAGAAAUACAAGUUGUUGACACUUGGGAAUUACAGUGGAAAUGCUGGCGAUGCCUUGACACCAAACCUAUAUGCCAAUUUUUCCACCUACGACCGGGAUAAUGAUAAUUUGUCAGCACUAAGAUGCGACGAAUGGCGUAGUUCGGGCUGGUGGUACCACACCUGCGUAUCCGAUAGCAAUCUAAAUGGACACUACUGUGCAAGUCCAUAUUGUUCAAAACAUUUGGGAAGAGGCAUUGUAUGGAACACCGCAUGGCACAACUGGCAGUAUUCUUUGAAGUCCGUGCAAAUGCUAAUUAGACAAAUAAACCAUUAAAUAAUUGUCGGAAAAUGCUAAAAAAAAAGAAAGAAUAAAAUAAUUUUAUAAAAAUUAGAAA